ACAAUUUCCCCGCAGCGUUAACCGGGGCGUAAAGAGGAGGGCUCCACCCACCCAUCCAUUGUUUCUUCUUUCUUUCAUCAUUCCGUGCUUUGCCCAACUUCCACACCUUUUCUGUCCCUCGUGUGUCCCAACCCCGCAGAAACUUUUCGCCAUUCAUCUCUGAAUUAUAACCGAUUUUCUAAUGUUAUAUCUGUCUAUCGGAUGUGUCCCUAUCUUACCCACAGCUUAAGCUUGACUUGUCUUUACAACAAAUCUCCUCAUGGACCCCUUGCAAAGGGGCAAUCUCAAGCGCAUUCGCCAAGCGUGCGCAAAUUGCCGGCGCAGGAAAACCAAAUGCUCGGGGGAGCGUCCGAUCUGUUUCCACUGUCGCCGGAAUAAGCACUCCUGCAUCUAUGAACCUUACUCCGUCACCAUCAACGACAACCCUCCCAAUAUUUCAACCGCGCCAACAUCUGAGAACACCCAACUAUUACAGCGCAUCUCGUUGAUCGAGUCACGCUUGGCGGAGUUAAGUGGGCAGGCGGCACAACAACCCCGACCAUCCGUAGAUCUUGGACUUCCCACACAGCAGAUACCGUUGACACAGCCUGCUGUCUCGGGCAUUCACGCCCUUGUCACCCCCACGCAAUCCGUCCUGAACUCCAUCAUCGACACCUAUUUUCUCCAUGUGCACAACCAGCCUUACAGUAAUUUCCAGGAGACCAGCUUCCGACAGGAGCUACAGAAUGGGACCUUGCCUCGGUGCUUGAUACAAGCCGUGCUGGCUUCCGCCGUCCGCUUCACCACACACGAGUUCUACGCAGGCAGGGCGCUGGAGACAUCAGAGGUUUAUGCUCGGGAGGCUUGGCUGUCCGUCCUGACAGAUCACUUGACGGCAGAAGAUAAUAUAGGGGUGCAUGUCGUGCAAACUGUGAAUAUGCUGGCAGUAAUUGACUAUACUGCUGGGCGCGUCAAUUCAGGGUGGUUAAAAAUCGGUUUGGCAGCGCGCAUCUCACAAGGACUCGGCUUGAUGGGCGAGCCUGAGGCUUGGCUGCCUGCUGCGGAGCAGGAGGAACGUCGACGAGCGUUCUGGUCAGUCUACCUACUCGACAAACUCAUCUCAUGUGGACGAUCGCGCCCGAUCAUCAUUCUCGACCAAGACUGCCACGUCCAGCUUCCGUGCGACGAGAAUGCCAUCCGACUAGGCGAGAAGAAGAAGACGUACACCCUGCAUCAGCUUCUUGACUGGAACACCGAGAUCGCCGAAAGCCCCAGCCCGUUUGCUCUGGUCAUUCUUCUGGCGUCCAUCUUCGGGCGCUGCACGCGAUGCGUGUAUGCCAACCGGCAGACGGACGAUAUCCCGCCUUGGGACACCAAGUCAGAAUACACCGCGAUCAAUUCGUCCUUGCUGCUGUUCGAAUCCUAUACGAAGUCGGGAAUUGCGUCAGUAAUUGAUACACUAAGGGACAGUGCUGAAGCAAUGGGGAGACCGAACCAUCAAGAACUGGGGCACCAGAUUUUCGCGCACAUCCUGUUUCAUUUGUGCCACUGUUUGUUGAAUCAUCCUUUUGUCCUUAACCUUUGUCUACAGCCCUUUGGCUCCAAGGUUCCGUAUAGCUUUGUCACCCGCGCCCUACAGAAUGGACUAGACCAUGCCACGCAGCUAGUGCGUAUUCUCCGGGAUGUGUUCGAGGCGGGCGGACUCGUUGAGUCUUCGUUCUAUGCGUACUGUCUAGCGAUCGCGGGAGGGAUUUUAUCGAUCGCGUCACAGGGAGAACAUCGGAGUUUUUCUUGUCAGCCUUCAGAGAUGUCGGAGUGUUUCCAGCAUGCUGUUGAUCUACUCGAUCGAUUAGCCCAAGUCUGGACCCAUGCCGCUAACAUGUCCAUCCGCCUGCGUGAUUUCCACGCCCAGCGCCACGACUUGAGUAGCGUUCUCAACGUAACCACCCCACUGAGCGAUCUGGAUCCUAUGUCCGACGAGACCCUGUGGUCCAUGCUCGACUAUUCUAUACUGGGCAGUAAUCCGCGCAAAUCAUCGAGUGCAUCCAGCUCCGAUGCCCCCAGUAUCCCCUUGUCUACAUCCUGGGCUCUGGGGUCGAAUAUGCCGAUCUCGACAUCAUCUCCGAGGAUAGACCUGAACCACGAGGAUAUGUUUCGGGGUCUGUCACCGGCUCUACGACUUAAUGAAGUGGAGUUGAUGUUGAAUUAUAGUACGCCGAGGGCCGAACUUAUUCAAUGAGGAUUUGUCGGUGCAUCGGAAUGCUCUCAAUCCGGCCGGACCGGGUUGCUUUCCCCGGCCCGCUUGGGUCCUUGUACCACCAUUUUUGCUAGAGGUAAGGAGGACCAAAUGCUAAAUCUCUAGGGGUUCUUCUUUUUUUCCUAUUUUUCCCUUCUUUUUUCCUUCUCUUUUCCUUUUUUUUCUUUUCUUCUUUUCAUUUCUUUCUUCUCCGGAUGAAGGGGUAAUACACUUAUCAAAAUGACAACCAAGAACCAACUCUCACCAUGGGAGACCGUGGCCUCAGGCACCACGGCCUCCAUCUUAGCAAAUGUGAUUGUAUAUCCACUGGACAA